UGAGAGGCAACCCUCAACUGUUUCAGUCGCUGUUGUGGGAGCCAAGAAGAGUGGUCGGGCUGCCUGUUAGGUUUACUGUGAUUCACCCGGAGGCUCAGCGACACUGCUCCAAUUUAUCCGACUAACCGAACCAGCCCCCAGGGGCGCCUUUGGAGAAACUCCGGGUCUCUCCGCUAAUCCUGCAGGUGCUGAAGAAGCUGCAGGUUGGAAGAAGCAGAGGAUCGAACUGUUGGCAGACUAUGAUGAAGUUGGACGGCAUGUUGAUCCAGCUGUUUGUUUAUUUUUGAAGCAACUGGAGAGGCUGGUUGUGACAAUGCGCUGCCUGGCUGCUCGGGUGAACUACAAGACCCUCAUAGUUAUAUGUGCCCUCUUCACACUCAUAACGGUGCUGUUAUGGAACCGCUGCUCCAGUGACAUCUCCCUUCGGUUCCUCCCUCGGGCGGCAUUUGUGGCUCCGAGUGCAAAGAUCAGUAGCAGCCAGCAACAACCGCCACAGCCUCCAGAGCCCCCACCUGUUGUUGGCGUGGUUGGUGGAAUCAAAUAUGAAGAAAUCGACUGCCUGAUCAACGAUGAAUCCACCAUCAAAGGCAGACGAGAAGGAGCGGAGGUCUACCUUCCCUUCAGCUGGGUGGAGAAAUACUUUGAAGUAUACGGAAAGAUUGUGCAGUAUGAUGGCUACGAUCGCUUUGAGUUCCAGCACAGCUACUCCAAGGUCUAUGCCCAGCGGGAGCCCUACCACCCAGAAGGAGUCUUCAUGUCUUUCGAAGGAUACAAUGUCGAGGUCCGCGACCGUGUAAAGUGCAUCAGUGGAGUAGAGGGUGUGCCUCUCUCCACUCAGUGGGGCCCUCAGGGUUACUUCUAUGCCAUCCAGAUUGCCCAGUACGGUUUGAGCCAUUACAGCAAAAACCUGACCGAGCGUGCUCCCCACGUGGAGGUCUAUGACACAGCCGAGGAGAAGGACAGCAGGGUCAGCACAGCGUCCUGGGGUGUGCCCAAAGGUUGCAGCCUGAGUCGUGUUCAUGACAAGACAAGAUCUACCUCUGUGCGUCAGUUCAGCGCUCCAGAGUCCUCAGAGGGCAUUUCUCUGCAGCUGGGCAACUUGAAAGACUUCAUCCUCAGCCUGGACUUAAAGUUCACCUCCAAUGGCAGCGUGUCCGUCGUCCUAGAAACCACAGAGAAGGGGCCGCCCUACACCAUCCACUACCAGACCAGUACGCAGCUCAUCGCCUUUAAAGACCAUGACAUUACCUACGGCAUCGGGCCUCGCUCCUCCUGGAGCACGUUGACCAGAGACCUGAUGACCGAUCUCAGGAAGGGAGUCGGAUUGUCAAACACUAAGGCUGUCAGAGCUACAAAGAUCAUGCCCAGACGGGUGUUGCGGUUAGUCCUGCAUGGACGGGGCUUUGUCGACAACGUUACCAUCUCCACCACUGCCCACAUGGCUGCCUUCUUCGCUGCCAGCGACUGGCUGGUGCGCAACCAGGACGAGCGAGGCGGCUGGCCCAUCAUGGUCACCCGAAAACUGGGCGAGGGCUUCCGGCCCCUGGAACCUGGCUGGUACUCGGCCAUGGCUCAGGGCCAGGCCAUGUCCACCCUGGUGAGAGCCUACCUCCUCACCAAGAACCAUGCUUACCUCAACGCUGCCCUCAAGGCAGUAGGACCAUAUAAGGUGCCUUCAGCGCAGCACGGAGUCAAAGCGGUGUUCAUGAACAAGUACGACUGGUAUGAAGAGUACCCCACCACCCCCAGCUCGUUCGUCCUCAACGGCUUCAUCUACUCCCUGUUGGGGCUUUACGACGUCGCUGAGACAGCAGGGGAGAUUCUGGGCAGAGAGGCAGGUCAGCUGUUCAGCCGCGGCAUGGAGUCUCUAAAGGCCAUGCUGCCCCUCUUUGACACGGGGUCCGGGAGCAUCUACGAUCUGCGUCACUUCAUGUUGGGCACGGCGCCCAACCUGGCCCGCUGGGACUAUCACACCACGCACAUUAACCAGCUGCAGCUGCUGGCAUCCAUAGACAACGCUCCCAUCUUCAGGGAUGUGGUGAAGCGCUGGAAAAACUACUUAAAAGGGAUUCGUGCCAAGCACAACUAGUGGAAGUCAGCAGAUUUUACCUCCGUGUUUAGAAGAGAAUCAGUGUUUAGAAAGUAAGAACAAAUCAGAAGAUUUCAUAAAGAGGCGCGUGCACACGUGUGUGUGUGUGUGUGUGUGUGAGUGUGAGUGUGUGUAUGAGUGAAUCACUACUGU